GACAUCACCGUUCGAGGACAGGUUCAUCCCUAAUAGGUCUGCAAUGGACUUUGAUUACGCUCACUACAUGCUGACGAAGGGUAACAAGAAGGGAAAGGAGAAAGAGAACCCCGAGGUGACGUCACCGUCACGAGAAGCCUACUUGAAGCAACUCGCUGAGGCUUUCAACAUGAACAGAACUCGAAUCUUGGCCUUCAAGAACAAACCCCUGACUCCGGUUCAACUCAUUCCCAACUCCAUCCUUUCGCCUCCUCCUCCUUCCAAAUCCUCUAAGCCUAGGCGUUACAUUCCUCAGAGUUAUGAGAGGACUUUGGAUGCUCUUGAUAUACUAGAUGACUUUUACUUGAACCUGUUGGACUGGGGAAGCAGAAAUGUGCUCAGUAUUUCCCUUGGAAGCAGGGGAUGAGACGCUGAGAUUUUGGAAUGUUUUUGGAAUGCCACAGGCUUCCAAACCAGCGCCUAAAGCUGACACUGAGCACUUUGCUCAUGUGAACCGUAUUUCGUUGAAUAUGCAUGUAGAAUUUCUGCGAGCCUGAGACUGUGAGUUGUGCAGAUAUUCUAGACAUUGUAUUAAUUUUUUUAUUUUUUUAACUUUCAAUAUUACCUUGAGAAUUUUUUUGUACACAUUAUUUCUAUCAUGUUGUAUUUCUAAUUAUGAUUUUUAGUAUUUA